UGUCGAAUGUAGUUUUAGGUAUCCAAACUUUGUGUACUGUAUCUGGAAUAACUCCAAUCAGAGGUAACAAGACAAUGUGGAGAUACCGAUGUUUGUUGGAAGAGUCUCCGUUGACACAAACUACCUGUCUGUGAUGAUGUAGUUGGCGGCGUUGUGGAAGGAAGACGCUUUUACUCGCGGACAUCGCGUUGUCGAGAACGUACGCGAAGCUCCUGAGAGCUACCAUGGGUAACAUUCACUGCUGUGUCCUUCCUUCACCUCGUGGUGGACCUGCAGUGAAAAACGAACCCUAUGAUAGAACAGGGCAUGCCAACGAGACGUUCGAACUACCGCACAUUAGCGAUAGAGAAGAUCUAUCAAACCACAAAGGAACCUUAUUUUUACAUCGAUCCCUCUCCAAUCCAGGUAACAAUGGAAUGUUUCCUGGAAGACGUACAUUUUCAACAGGAAGUGAUUCAAGGAAGAGAAAUGGGAUGGGGGGAACUCUGACAAGAAAAUGUAGCUCUUGUUCAACAAUCUUUCUUGAUGACAGUACAGUGAGUCAGCCCAACCUUAAAUCUACUAUUAAAUGUGUGGCUUUGGCAAUAUAUUACCAUAUUAAGAACAGAGACCACGAUGUGCGUUCUCUGGACAUAUUUGAUGAAAAAGCUCACCCUCUCACACAUGAUCCUGUGCCUGAUUACUAUGACAGAGUUGACCCAGAACACAGACAUAUAUACAAGUUUAUCAAAACUCUCUUUCAUGCAGCUCAGCUUACAGCAGAAUGUGCAAUAAUUACAUUAGUUUAUCUUGAAAGGCUGCUGACUUAUGCCGAGAUAGACGUUCAUCCUGGAAACUGGAAAAGAAUUUUAUUAGGUGCCAUUUUAUUGUCAUCCAAAGUAUGGGAUGAUCAAGCUGUAUGGAAUGUCGACUACUGCCAAAUUUUAAAAGACAUAACAGUUGAAGACAUGAAUGAAUUGGAGAGAGCGUUUCUCGAGCUAUUACAGUUUAAUAUAAAUGUGCCAUCAAGCGUCUAUGCUAAAUAUUAUUUUGACUUGCGAUCACUUGCGGAUGCCAAUGACCUGAUUUUUCCUCUGGAACCACUGAGUAAAGAAAGGGCAAGGAAACUAGAGGCUCUUUCCAGUGUGUGUGAUGACCGCGCGCACGAUGUGACUCUGCCCAUUUUAUACCGCUCCAAAAGCGCCGAUGCUCUGAUCCCGCGUCGGAAAAGCAUGGCUAUUCUUUCAUGACGAAUUUUUCCAAACCGUGAAGGGUAAAAUAGCGGGUGAUAAGUCACAAGAGACCUGUUAGACGAGAGGGGCUUUACUAGCACAGUGUGCUCGGGGGGUGUUGUUUAGGUCUGUUGAGUAGCGCUGGUUUACACCUGGGGAGGCCAAAAUGUCGGUUGGACAUCUGGGAAAAAUUGACGACCACGCCUUGCGUGACCGCUUUCGCACCUCGCGUGACCGCUUGAUCAGCUUCAUGUGUCCCGCAAUCUUCCAUGCGCAUUGAGGAAACACACAUCCGCGUCACUUUGAGGAUCUUGUACAUUGGUAGCUUAUUUAAAAGGGUCUUUUUCCUGGCCCCAUCGUUUCCAACAAUGGCACAACUGUAGCAUAUUAGCGUUGCAUUCACAUUUCAAGCACCGACACUAAAUCACUAUAAAAG